UUCAUAAUUUUCAAAUCCCAUAGCGACAAACAAGUAAUCAUCAUCGUUUUCAUAUUUUAGAGAGAGAGAGAGAGAUUGUGCGAUCCACGAAGGUGCGUUUUGAUAAUCAACCAAGUUGCAGAAGCGAUGGAUCUGGAGGUGGCAGGGCGGCACGCGAUGCUGUUCGACGACGACGGCAUGGCGGCGUUCGUGAACUCAGCGGAAGCUCUGGUCGAAUGGAACUCUCUUUCCAUCGACCGCUACGAUGUCCGCCAUCUUCUCUCCGCUCCCCUCCCCCCGCGCCUCAAGCGCCGCCCUCCUCCGCCCGAACCCGACCUCGAUCACCAGCGCUAUCUCGAUCUCCCUUCCUCUUCUGCCGACGAUGAACAACAACAAGAUUAUGGUUCAGAUCCAGUGAGUUCAACUGGCUUUCAUGCUGUCGCCUUUACGUAUGGAAAUUCUAAUGUGUCCACGGAGACAAAGGACAACGAUACCAAGUCUAGUUUUGAUCCUAAAUUCCCAGUACCAGAAAGCCUACUCAAUAACCUGCCUCCAAAUGAGAAAGUACAUCAGAUUAUUUCACGGACUGCAACAUUUGUCAGCAAACAUGGAAGCCAGUCAGAAAUUAUUCUGAGGGUGAAACAAGGAGACAAUCCAACUUUUGGAUUCCUGAUGCCCAAUCAUCAUCUUCAUGCGUAUUUUAGGUUUCUUGUUGAUCACCAAGAACUUCUGAAAGUUGACAAAGAUGAUGGAAGCUCAACUGAGGACAUGAAUAGGACUCAGGGGCUUGAUCAAUCAGGUGGUGCAUUGUCUUUGCUUGGAUCUGUCUAUGGAUCCGGAGAGGACGAGGAUGGUACAACUGAGAAUACUUGUGAUGUUGAGAAAAAAGAAUGUGAGGGAGCUGUUGAUGCUGUUAGUAAUUAUACUUCUCCAGGAAUAGAUCAGGCAGAAUCUUAUUCAGAUGUGGCCAAGAAUGAUGGAGGCAUUUCUAAAAAUCCAGUACCCUCUUUGAAAGAAAAAGUUCCUGUCAUAAAGCGGAAUCAUUCUAUCAGUACUGUUAAGACUGCUACCACAGCUAGAGCAAAAGGUGAUGGCUUGGAUUCAGUAUCUAAUGCACAGAACAAGUCACAGACUUCUGUGACGAUUACUGCUAAGAUUGAACUCCCAGUUGUUAAACCUCCAUCUGAUUUAAAGAGAGCUAUAGAGAAGAUAGUUGAGUUCAUCUUAAAAAAUGGAAAACAAUUUGAGGCUGUUCUGGCAGAACAGGAUCGACCUCAUGGAAGGUUCCCGUUUCUUCUGCCAUCUAAUCGAUAUCAUACUUACUAUCUGAAAGUUCUUCAAACUGCUGAAGAGUCUAAGUUACUAGGCAAGGGCCACCAGAAGCACAAUCCAGCAGGUCGUACAGGGGACAAUAAUACUGCUGUACAUGAAGAUAGAGACAAUCUUUCACAUGGAUCUAUGGCUUCUGAUCUACCAUAUGACAUGGACCGAAAAGAAAAGUUCCAGAUGAUUAUUGGCAAGUCUAAGAAGGAUGGUCAAGAUCCAAUUCCAAAAGAGCAAGCUCAAAACACAAUUAGCAUGGAUGCAGCAGCAACUGCAGCUAUUCUUCAGGCUGCCACUAGGGGUAUUAAAAACCCCAAUUUGGAAGCUCUUACCAAGACAUCAAGUGGUAGUGGUCAAGGCCUUGGAAGUGAUGGUGGGUGUUUGUCCAGCUCUGGGACUGGUAGUCUGUAUUCAUUUCAACCACAAGGUUUUGUUGAAAAUCAAAACCUGAAUGUAAAGGCAAAGGCUAGUGCUUCUGCCCCUUUUGCCAAGGCUAUUGCAGAAAAAGUAGCUAUUGCAGCAGCAGGUGAGGCGGACUCCUCUGAAGCACACAUGACUAAAGAGCAAAAGCUUAAGGCAGAGAGAUUGAAACGAGCAAAGAUGUUUUCAGCCAUGCUAAAAAGUGGUGUUGGAGCAAGUGAACUAUCACGAGCUUUAUCAGUCGAGCCACCAGGCUCUGGAGUUUCAGGUUCAGAUGCUGAGACUGGGAAUCUUGUGGGUAAAGAAAGGGAAGGAAGUUCUGUUCCAUUUGAUGUUGAUAAUUCAGAUAAAAGUCAAAAGUCUGAGGACAAGCUUUCUAUUGAUAAUAAUUCAGAUAAAAGUCAGAAAUCUGAGGAGAAACUUACUGAUGAUAAUGAACGCCGGUCAAAAAGAAAGUACCGUUCAAGAUCUAGUAGACAUGAAGAGGAGGAAGAAGAAAACAAAGAUAGGAGGGAUCACAAAAGAUCCAGGAAAAAACAUCACUCUCAUCGCGCUUCACACCACAAUCGGGACAGGCAUAAGCACAAGAGAAGACAUUCCUCCUCCAAAGACAAAUAUUCUUACAGGGGGACCAAGCACGAUAGCUCCUCUGAUGAUGAACAUCAUCGCUCAAGGCCAUCGUACGAUAGCUCCUCUGAUGAUGAACAUCAUCGCUCAAGGCAUCAUCGUCAUAAAUAUGAUAGCUCCUCCUCUGAUGAUGAGCACCACUCUUCCAAACAACGACAUAGGGAUGAUAACUUGUCAGACCAUGAGCAUAGACAUUCUCGCCAUUCUAAUGAAGAUUAUAGUUCAUCUGAUGAUGAGCAUAGGCAUCGAAGCAGAAGCAGAAGUGUAAGGCAUAAGAGCAAAUCUCAUGCUGAAAGAGAAACAGAGCUGGAGGAUGGGGAGAUAAUUAUGAAAUCGGAAAAGUCAGUAGUAAGUGGUGAAGUUGGACGUGCUAGUAGGGAGGCUUCUGAGGGAUUAUCUAAUGCAAGGGCACAAUCUCAAGCACCUGAAAUAACUGAUGUUUCUUAUGAGCUUAGAGCCAAAAUUCGAGCCAUGUUGAUGGCUAACUUGUAAAAGCUAUAUGGGGCUGACAAUAAUUGCAUUGCUUUAACUUCUUUGGUAAUAUCAUAGUCCAUUGCUCCAA